AUGUUCGCCGUUAUCCUACCGUUUUUCCUUCUGCCUCUGACAUUUGCAGGCAAUGCGGAUAUUGAAGAAUGCGUUAAACUAGUUGGGGAUAAAAGACGACCAAUUGUGAAUUCUUGUCCAGAGGAUCCAGUUUGUUCAUCGAUAUUUCUCUAUGAUCAAGGCGCUCUUGAUGAUUUAGUAAAGAAUUUGAAUGAGAAUGAACAUUAUAAGAUUCCCGAGCUGUGCAACAAGGUUAAGGAUUUCGCAGCAAAAACAUGCCCACGAACAUGUGCGAUGUGUUGUAAAACGAAGGAAUUUAACUGUCACGAUGUCAAUCCCGAUGCAUGCCGAAGGUUGGAUAGAAAUAUUUGCUUAACUGUACCUAGCGUAGCACUAUCGAUGUGCCCAUUUACAUGUGGCCUUUGUCACAGACCAGGUGCUGCUGGAAUGUGUCCAGAUGAAAACGAAAAUUGUGCG